AUGCGCCUCCCCUACGCCCCCUCCACACCACCCGCCGAUGCCGACCCCUCCACAGCGGACAUCUACGCCCGCAUCGCCGCGCGCCGAAACCCACGCCCAUUAAUCCCCCUCGACCUCUCCCUCCUCCACUCGCCCCCCGUCGCCGACGGCUGGAACAGCUUCCUCGGCGCAAUCCGCACCCAGACCGUCGUCGACCAGGGCCUCCUCGAGCUCGCGGUCUCCCGCGUCGCUGUCCUCACGCAGGCUGUAUACGAGUGGAAUGCACAUGCGCCAUUGGCACUAAAGGGUGGAAUCAAACCGGAGGAGUUGCAUGCCGUACGGACACUGCCGUCGACGGCGCAGGGGGAUAAUGUUGAGUCUGCUGUUGAGGAGUUGGGGCGGAGUGCCUUGACGGCGAGGCAGAAGGCUAUUGUGAGGUAUGCGGAUGAGAUGACGCAGACGGUUAAGGUGAAGGAUGAGACGUUUGAGGGGUUGAAGAGUGAGGGGUUUUCGGAUCGUGAGGUCGUCGAGUUGACUACGGGGAUUGCGUGCUAUAAUUGUGUCAGUCGGGUGCUUGUUGCGCUGGAUGUUGGGGAGAAUAAUGCGAGGGAGAUGAAGAGUGUGGAGGAAUUGGUGGAGGGGUUGAAAUGA